AUGGUUCUGGUGGUCGUAUCUCGGACCUGGGAACUGGUGGUCCCGGCGUCGCUCUCCGCCCUCUCCUACCGCUCGCUGGCCUGGCUACGCGGAGGUCGACGGGCGCUCCGCUGUGGCGCCGCCCACGUCUGCUGCCCGCGGACGGCUGUCUACACGCCCAAAUGUGGCCGGCUGAAGGGGAACCAGGCUGGCAGCAGCCUCGCGGGCAGCGCACCCUGGGCAGCAGCGCUGCUGCUGAAGCAGCCCACCGGUCACGUGUUCGUGUGUGGCGGGGCACUGAUCCACAGACAGGUGGUACUCACUUCUGCGCGCUGCGUGGUCGGCCUUGGAGGCCAGAGGGCGCUUCUAGUGGUUCGGUUAGGGAACGGUGCACUGGCCAACUCCAGCCAGUCCUUCCAGGAACUCCAGGUGGGCAAGGUGGUGGUGCAUCAGAAGUUCCGCUGGAAGCAGGGCACGCACGACGUGGCUCUCCUCUUCCUCAACUCCUCCGCCACGCUACGUCCAGGCCUGGAUACCAUCUGCACGUGGGUGCCGCGCCCGUCAUGUCAGCGCGCGCUGAGCUCCUCGACCUACAGCCCGUUCUUGGCGCCGGCCAGCGGCCUGAUCUGCACGGACCCGGACCUGCCGUGUCGUGGGGGGCGGGGCCGUGCUGGGUCGCCGCUGACCUGCGCUGACCUGCGCUCCGGUGAGCACCGGCUGGUGGGCGUGGCCGUCUGGGGCGAGGCUUGCCCCAGACGGUUGCGCUACGGCAUCUACACGCGCGUGCAGCCCCUCUACCGCUGGAUCGACUUCCACGUGACCGACCACUUCCGCUACUUCGAGAGCUACUUCGGCUUCGUCCAGGCGUAG